CUGAGUUUAUAUGAGUUUAUAUUUCAAUACUUCGCAUUAAAAGUAUUGUGAGAAAAAGAGAAGAUAUUGUGAAAUAUCUAAGAAAUAUUUCUUUGGAAUCAUUUUUAUAAUCUUCCUUCAUGCUGUCAUUUAACUUUGGAAUAAAUUAACAAAUGGAGUUUCCCCUAACUGCAGAAUUUGUUUUGUUGAGAUUCAUGGCAAAACCCCGAGAAUCUCCAUUUGAGGAGAUUCAUUUUAUUUAAGUCUUUCUGAAGUGUGUUUGAUUUGGAUGUUAAGUGCAUGUUUGCUUAGGGCUCCAGCCCAUUAACCUCUGCCAGGCCUCUGCUUGUCUGGCUUCUGCUCCUCUCUUGACCUGGGCUGGUGCCUGCAGAAUCUGGGUGAGACCACUUGCUCUCCACAGGAGGGCCUCCCAUUUUUUCCUUCCCUUUCUGUUUUGCUGUUAGAGGAUCUGUUUUGUUUUUUUUUUUUCCCCCUGAGGUCCACUGAUACUCUGUGUUCCUCCAACUUCAUUUCUAUAACUGCUGGUUGGUAGCUUCGGCUUUCAAAUGGGCAAACCUGCUUUCUGUCUCAGAAUUAGUGGUUUUUAUCCUUUCAGGGCUCGUGCUGUGGCAUACACAGUGGCCUGUGGAGUCUGCUUAGCGCAGGAUUCACAAUGGAGCAUUGAUCCCUGCUGCCAUGUGGCACCCCAGCUUCUGCAGCAAACACGUGCUCCGGCCAGCCUGUAUUUCAGUGCGCUUUUAGAUCUGACUCUCUGCCUUUAGCUUGUAGUUCUGGGGGUUUCCAUCCUCCUAAUCUCAUUCUUCAUGAAGGGGUGUUCAGCCACCUUAUAAAUUUUUGAUACCCACGUAAUUAUCAUCCUUCUUACAAGGAAUGAUUUGCAGCUGAUGUAUUGAUCAGUCUCAUUACAAGACUGAUUAUGCCUGACCCAUUUAUUCUUUUUUUAAAUUGUAUCUUUAUUUUUAUUUAUUUAUUUUUAUGUGUGCUGAGGAUCGAACCCAGGGCCUCAAAGGCAAGCUCUCUCCUACUGGGCUACUACCCCAGCCCCCAUUUAUUCUUUUAUUUGAGAUUUACUAAAAUCGCCUCUCUCUUUGGAGAUGGAAAAAUGAUCCAGGUUUCGAAUGAGUAGUUCCAAUUCUUUUCAUGCCAAAGCAAGGCUUCAGGCUAAAUUUGGGACAUCAGGAGACAGAUUUAGGAUCCGGAGGGUUAGGAGUGAGACACAAUGGCAGCUUGGCCACAUGCCAAAUGCAAGAGGUGGUUGCCUUUUUGAUGAGCCAUACAGCACAUGUGGAUAUAGUCAAGCUGAAGAUGAUGACUUCAAUUGGGAGCAAGUGAACACCUUGACCAAACCAACUUCUGAUCCAUGGAUGCCAUCAGGCUCUUUCAUGCUGGUGAAUGCAUCUGGGAGACCUGAGGGGCAGAGAGCUCACCUACUCUUACCUCAGCUUAAGGAAAAUGAUACCCACUGCAUUGACUUUCACUAUUUUGUAUCCAGCAAGAGUAAUUCUGCUCCUGGGUUACUCAAUGUCUAUGUGAAAGUCAAUAACGGACCUUUGGGAAAUCCUAUCUGGAAUAUAUCUGGAGACCCAACACGUACAUGGAACAGGGCAGAACUGGCCAUUAGUACAUUCUGGCCUAACUUUUAUCAGGUGAUUUUUGAAGUGAUAACCUCUGGACAUCAAGGUUACCUUGCUAUUGAUGAAGUGAAGGUGUUAGGACAUCCAUGUACCAGAACUCCCCAUUUUCUGCGGAUUCAGAAUGUAGAAGUGAAUGCUGGCCAGUUUGCCACCUUCCAGUGCAGUGCCAUUGGCAGGACCGUGGCUGGUGACAAGCUCUGGUUGCAGGGCAUUGAUGUACGAGAUGCUCCCCUGAAGGAAACAAAGGUGACUAGUUCCAGAAGAUUCAUAGCUUCAUUUAAUGUUGUGAAUACCACCAAACGAGAUGCUGGAAAGUACCGCUGCAUGAUUCGCACUGAAGGAGGUGUUGGGAUAUCAAACUAUGCAGAACUGGUAGUUAAAGAACCUCCUGUUCCUAUUGCCCCACCCCAGCUGGCCUCUGUGGGAGCAACCUACCUGUGGAUACAGCUCAAUGCCAACUCUAUCAAUGGGGAUGGGCCCAUUGUGGCCCGUGAGGUGGAGUAUUGCACAGCCAGUGGGAGCUGGAAUGAUCGGCAGCCAGUGGAUUCCACAAGUUAUAAAAUUGGGCACCUUGAUCCAGAUACAGAAUAUGAGAUUAGUGUCCUACUCACCAGGCCCGGGGAGGGUGGCACUGGAUCUCCUGGGCCGGCUCUUCGGACAAGAACAAAGUGUGCUGAUCCCAUGCGUGGCCCAAGGAAACUGGAAGUAGUAGAGGUCAAAUCUCGGCAAAUCACCAUCCGAUGGGAGCCAUUUGGGUAUAAUGUAACUCGUUGCCAUAGUUACAAUCUCACAGUCCACUACUGUUACCAAGUGGGAGGACAAGAACAAGUACGAGAAGAAGUAAGCUGGGAUACUGAUAAUUCACACCCCCAGCAUACAAUCACUAACCUGUCACCAUACACCAAUGUGAGUGUGAAGCUCAUUCUCAUGAACCCCGAGGGGAGAAAGGAGAGUCAAGAACUCAUAGUACAAACAGAUGAAGACCUCCCUGGUGCGGUUCCUACUGAAUCCAUCCAAGGAAGUACCUUUGAAGAGAAGAUAUUUCUUCAAUGGAGAGAACCAACUCAAACUUAUGGUGUUAUCACUUUAUAUGAGAUCACUUACAAAGCAGUCAGUUCCUUUGACCCAGAAAUAGAUUUAUCCAAUCAAAGUGGAAGAGUUUCAAAACUGGGAAAUGAAACCCAUUUUCUGUUUUUCGGACUAUACCCGGGGACCACGUAUUCCUUCACCAUUCGAGCAAGCACAGCUAAGGGUUUUGGGCCUCCAGCAACAAACCAGUUUACCACCAAAAUAUCAGCACCAUCUAUGCCAGCCUAUGAACUUGAGACACCUUUGAACCAAACUGACAAUACAGUGACAGUCAUGCUGAAACCUGCACAGAGCAGAGGCGCACCUGUCAGUGUCUAUCAAAUAGUUGUUGAGGAAGAACGUCCUCGAAGAACUAAAAAGACAACAGAGGUCUUGAAGUGCUACCCAGUGCCAAUUCACUUCCAGAAUGCUUCCAUCCUGAACUCACAGUACUACUUUGCUGCAGAAUUUCCGGCAGAUAGCCUCCAAGCUGCUCAGCCUUUUACUAUUGGUGACAACAAGACAUACAAUGGAUACUGGAACACUCCCCUCCUCCCCCAUAAAAGCUACCGAAUUUAUUUCCAAGCUGCUAGUAGAGCCAAUGGGGAAACUAAAAUUGACUGUGUCCGAGUGGCCACAAAAGCUGCGAUAAUCGUGACUCAGCUUACAACACCUUACAUUCGCAUCGCCCCUGCUGCAGGCGACGGCCAACUAACAGGAGCUGCCACUCCAAAACCAGUCCCAGAACCUGAGAAACAAACAGACCACACGGUUAAAAUUGCUGGAGUCAUUGCUGGCAUCUUGCUGUUUGUUAUUAUAUUUCUUGGAGUUGUGUUGGUAAUGAAGAAAAGGAAACUAGCCAAGAAGCGGAAGGAGACUAUGAGCAGCACCCGGCAGGAGAUGACUGUGAUGGUGAACUCGAUGGACAAGAGUUAUGCAGAGCAAGGCACAAGCUGCGAUGAAGCCUUCUCCUUCAUGGACACACACAAUCUAAAUGGGAGAUCUGUGUCGUCACCAUCAUCCUUUACAAUGAAAACAAACACACUGAGCACAUCGGUGCCUACUUCCUAUUACCCAGACCCAUUUGUGCCAACUGCAAUUUUAGAUGAAACCCACACGAUGGCCAGUGAUACCAGCAGCCUGGUGCAGUCACACACUUACAAGAAGCGCGAGACAGCCGAUGUGCCCUACCAGACAGGGCAGCUUCACCCUGCCAUCCGGGUGGCAGACCUCCUUCAACACAUCACCCAGAUGAAGUGUGCCGAGGGCUAUGGCUUCAAGGAGGAAUACGAGAGUUUCUUUGAAGGGCAGUCUGCACCAUGGGAUUCUGCUAAGAAAGAUGAGAACAGAAUGAAGAACAGAUAUGGGAAUAUCAUUGCAUAUGAUCAUUCCCGGGUGAGGCUACAGACAAUAGAAGGAGACACCAACUCAGACUAUAUCAAUGGAAAUUAUAUCGAUGGCUAUCAUCGACCCAAUCAUUAUAUUGCUACCCAAGGGCCAAUGCAGGAGACCAUCUAUGACUUCUGGAGGAUGGUGUGGCAUGAAAACACAGCGAGCAUAAUCAUGGUGACCAACCUUGUUGAAGUGGGAAGGGUCAAAUGCUGCAAAUACUGGCCAGAUGACACAGAGAUAUAUAAAGACAUUAAAGUUACCCUAAUAGAAACAGAACUACUGGCAGAAUAUGUGAUCAGAACAUUUGCUGUUGAAAAGGGAGGGGCCGGAGGUGAAGCAAACUGCAGUCCAUCCAGAGAAGUGUCACAGAGAGGCGUUCAUGAAAUCCGAGAGAUCAGACAGUUUCACUUCACUGGCUGGCCGGAUCAUGGGGUCCCCUACCAUGCCACCGGCCUGCUGGGAUUUGUCAGACAGGUCAAAUCCAAGAGCCCACCCAAUGCAGGCCCAUUGGUGGUGCACUGCAGUGCUGGCGCAGGAAGGACAGGCUGCUUCAUUGUCAUAGACAUCAUGUUGGACAUGGCCGAAAGGGAAGGGGUGGUAGACAUCUAUAACUGUGUCAGGGAGCUGCGGUCACGGAGGGUGAACAUGGUGCAAACAGAGGAGCAAUAUGUAUUUAUUCACGAUGCCAUCCUGGAAGCCUGUCUGUGUGGAGACACCUCUGUCCCUGCUUCCCAAGUUAGGUCUCUAUAUUAUGAUAUGAACAAACUGGACCCACAGACAAAUUCAAGCCAAAUUAAAGAGGAAUUCCGGACUCUAAACAUGGUGACACCAACAUUGCGUGUAGAAGACUGUAGCAUCGCACUCUUGCCUCGGAACCAUGAGAAGAACCGGUGUAUGGACAUCCUGCCCCCAGACCGUUGCCUGCCCUUCCUUAUCACCAUCGACGGGGAGAGCAGCAACUACAUCAAUGCCGCCCUGAUGGACAGCUAUAAACAGCCUUCAGCUUUUAUAGUCACCCAGCAUCCUUUGCCAAACACAGUCAAAGACUUUUGGAGACUGGUCCUGGAUUAUCACUGCACAUCAGUGGUUAUGUUAAAUGAUGUGGAUCCUGCCCAGUUGUGUCCUCAGUACUGGCCAGAAAAUGGAGUACACAGGCAUGGCCCCAUCCAGGUGGAAUUUGUGUCUGCCGACCUAGAAGAGGACAUCAUCAGCAGGAUAUUCCGUAUUUAUAAUGCAGCCAGACCCCAAGAUGGAUAUCGAAUGGUACAGCAAUUCCAGUUCCUGGGCUGGCCGAUGUACAGGGACACACCAGUGUCCAAGCGUUCCUUCUUGAAGCUCAUCCGCCAGGUGGACAAGUGGCAGGAAGAGUACAACGGUGGGGAAGGUCGCACAGUUGUGCACUGCUUGAAUGGGGGAGGCCGCAGUGGCACAUUCUGUGCCAUCAGCAUUGUCUGUGAGAUGCUCAGGCACCAGAGGACCGUGGACGUCUUCCAUGCUGUCAAGACGCUGAGGAACAACAAACCCAACAUGGUGGACCUUCUGGAUCAGUAUAAGUUCUGCUACGAGGUGGCCCUGGAAUACUUGAAUUCUGGCUGAUGGCGGAAACAGCUCUGCAGACAAACCCGUUCCUACCACAAAACCAAGAUGUUCAUGGUGUUUGUGUAGAUGAGAUGAAGACUUCUCAAUAUGCUUAUUUUGCUUUGCAUAAUUGGCUCUUUUUAAGAGCCCAAGAAAGUGUUUAUGAAACUGCUUGCACUGCCCAAUUCCCAGUAAUGCUGCUGCCUGACAGAAACACACAGCCUACAGUCUUCAGAUACUGUACACCUCGUCACCGGCUUGUUAGAGCGGUGUAGACAUCCGGUCGAUUGAAGAGCACAAUUAUAUUCUUAUGAAGGAAUUUGUACCUUUGGGGUAUAUUUUUUGUGGCCCGUGAUCCUCUGUCAUUGUAUGUUUUUGUUCUGUGGAGAAUGCUCCUUGGCAUUAUGAUAAUAUAUUAUUUUAGUUAAUAUUUGUAUUUUAACAUGUCACAUAAUACAAGCUUAUGUAGCUUUCCAGGACUAACAGAUCAAUGUGUAAUGAACAAAGAGAUGUUCUAUGAGUUGUUGUUUCUAUCAGAUUUGUAUCGUUUCCAAGGGAAAAGCUUGGGGAGGACUCACUUCAAAAAUGCAACAUGGUCAGAUUCACAGAUCCAAAGCUUUUCCAUUUGUUUAUAUUGUAAAUAUUUUUGAUUUCAUCAAAUUAUUUAUUCAUUAAAAGAAAUUUUUGUGAAGCACA